GAUGGCCGAAGAGGUGACCAAAACGCCUAAUUGGGAUCUCAUAUGUCCGCUGUGUCUUGAUAUUUUCGAAGAUGCAACUCUUCUCAACUGUGAACACACCUUCUGUCGAAGAUGUCUCGUCAAAUGUGACGUAAGUCAAAGAGACAGUGUUCACCUGACCUGUCCUCUUUGUCGGAGUACCACCAAGCUUCCAGAGACCAGAGUUCCUGGACUCUCCAGGAACCAUUCCAUUGCUGAACGCGUCGAUGAGUACACCAGCUCCUUGGGUGGCUUGAUGGCGCUUCUGGAUGCCAAACAAACGUGCUCGUCAUGCAACGAGGGUUCGAUCGCUGUGUCAUUUUGCAAAGACUGCGAUGUUUAUAUGUGCGAAGGUUGUCACAAGGGCCAUCGGCAAAUGCGAUUCCUCUUUGCUAAACACCGUGUUGCUUCACUGGAUGAUGGAGAAGUAGUCACCCAUCGGCAGUGUGAUAGGUGUGCAGCGCAUGAACUGCAGAGGAAAGACCUCUUCUGCGAAACAUGCAAAGUUCAUGUUUGUCUAAAGUGCGUCGUCGUCGACCACCGAGGUCACGUGAUAAAAAACCAGGAUGAUUUCGAGAAGGACAUUCAGCAGAAGAUAAACGACAUAAACCAACAGUGCAGCCGAGAGAAGAAUCGCAUUAAGGAGAAUAUUCGGCGGAUAGAGCUGGCCCGACGCGACAUGCAUGGUACCAUUCAGAAUCUCGAAGGAGCUGUUCUUAAAGAACAUGACAGGAAGUCACAGCGUCUUCUAGGAACGCAGAACGCACUUGUGGACAAUGUUAGAUCACUAAAGGGAAGGUUCGACGAGGAACUUGAUAGGUUAAAAGCCAACCAGAGAAAUAGGGUAAAGACUAUAAGCAGUUUGUUGUCACUGGCGAUGGUGGACAGACUGAAAAAUCUAGAGGGCGAUAGCUUUUCAGCUCAUUCGCUCGUGUGUGAAGACCUCCAGAAGCUUUUGAAAGAAACAGAUGAUGUAACCAUUGCAGUGGGUCAAAUUAAGAAGGCUGCAGAUGGGGUCAACUUCUGCUCUGUGGACGAGAGGUUACUAGACCUGGGUUACAUGCAGGUAGGAAUGAGGUUGGUGAAGGAAUUAGAUGUUGCCUUUGAUGCUUGGGGAAUGGCAGCGCUGUCUACUGAUGCUGUGGUACUAGUUGCAGGAAGAGACGGGAAAAAAAGCUACUUCUUAUCUGGCCGAGAGGAGCCAUAUCUAUGUGGCUGCAUCAAGGAGCCCUUGCACGACCUAACUAUCUUAGCUGAUGGCAGACAUGUCGUGUCUCGUACACCCGGGAUGUGUAGCGUCUAUUCCACCAGCAAUGAUACAUGGUUUAAUUACACUUGCAAGAAAGGGGAGUGGGAUCUCAGGCUAUGCAGAGACCAUCGCGAUAACGUGUACGCCGUCAACAAGAAUCCAGAGGUAUAUAUCUUCAGUGGUGAGAACCCAAAUCCAAAGAAAGUCGUCCCCAUUAAAAUCAACCCAAUAAAGGUUGCAGUUACCACGACGGGUGUAAUAAUCACAGGUACUUGCAUCUACGCGCCGAGUACAAUCCAUGUCUAUGAUAGAGAUGGUCACUUAGGCAGUAGCAUCCAAGCAGAAAAGGAAAACGAAUACUUGUACGCGGCAGUAGACAGUCAUGAUAGAGUUCUGGUGGCCCGAGUUGAAGGUGGCUCAAAAGUCCUACGAUUAGCUAGGUACCGUCUUGUAGGUGUAACCCUCAUUGAGGAUAUGAGAUUCAAGGAUCUAAAACUUCCCCAUAGAAUCAAUAGUUCAUCGUUCUGGAAUGCCUUUUGCUGCAUGGUAUCUCUGACACCCAAACUUGUUGCCAUAGCAACUCAUACCAAACAUCUAUACUUUAUUGAACUGGGCGCUUAACCAUGUAACAAUCGAGGUCUGGAAGCUUAAGGUGUGCAUAUGCAUGGCUGUAGCUAUAGACCCAUAGGCGAUAAUGUUCCCCAAAAUGGGUUGGGGGUAAAAUGUACGUGCGCUACAUAGAGGCAAAGUAUGAGCGAAGCGAUCGAGUUGAUUACAAAGCCAUAAUUCUUUUAUACUUUUAUCAGUGCAUUGAAAUGGAAAGAUCUUGUGUACGCUUAGAGAUGAUUUUAUCAUUUUAUUUUUCAAAUCUAACUAACGACAAAAUAUUAUACCCCCUGAUCCCCUGGUGUAUAUUUGUCAAAGUGCACUCUGUACAAAACACUAUAAAUUAUGAGUACAUCCUCGGAAUUUAAAAAAGGGGGA